UGAAAUCUUGGCCAUUUCAUACUCCAGAUAUGUGCCUGCUCUACUAUGUACUUGUGUUAAAAAGUAUAUUCGGUUUAGACAUUCAUGGCUGUGUGCAGGGGUGGACUGACAACUCAUGGGGCCCCUGGGCAACAGGGGAUCAUGGGGCCCCUGUGUCCUUGCCCGCACUCAAACCACACCCAAAAAAGCCUAUGAAAAGGUACCAGGGGCAUCUCAUGGGGCCCCCUACUGACCCCAGGCCCUCGGGCGGUGCCCGAGAUCCUAAAUGUUCAGUCCGCCCCUGGCUG